AACGUCACUGUCAACAAAAUUAACAAAAAAUUAAAUGUUACUCAAAUUGUAAACAUAAAAACAAAUCGAUUUUACUAAAUUCUAAUAAUAAAUACAUAAUGGAGUUUAAUUUCAAAAAUAUUGUUAAAGACGCUGGAACUGCGUUAAGUAGAGUAGUACAGUUUACUGAAGAAAAACUCGGGAAAUCGGAGAAAACCGAACUAGAUGCACACUUCGAAAACUUAUGGGAACGUGCGGAAAACACGAAGAAGUUUACCGAAAAAAUCGUUAAAAAUACAGAGGCAGUGCUUAUUCCGAAUCCGGGGAAUCGUAUUGAAGAUUAUGUUUAUGAGAAAAUAGAGAAAAAACGACCAUCUAGACUGAGCAAUUUGGAAUAUUUAGGAUUAGAUAUGGUCGAAGCUGGAACUUGCCUAGGACCAGGGACACCUUAUGGUUCUGCCCUGGUAAAAGUUGGUCAGUGGGAACAAAAACUUGGUCAAACCGAGAGAGAUUUCAUUGGAUCGUCAGCAAUUUGUUUUACACAGCCUUUACGAAAAUUCUUGGACACUGAAAUGAAAACUAUAUUGAAGGAACAGAGUAUUUUAGAAAUGAAAAGGUUAGACUUGGACGCUUGUAAAAAUCGGGUGAGGAAGGCAAGAAAUAUGCUAGGUCAAUCCACCGGUAAGGAGGAUGUUGCACCAGAAAUUCUUCUGGAACAGGCAGAAAGAGAUUUAAGAAUCGCCCAAUCCGAAUUCGAUCGGCAAACGGAAAUAACGAAACUACUGUUAGAAGGCCUAAGCUCGUCGCACGCCGCUCAUUUGAGAUGCUUGUACGAAUUUGUUGAGACACAGGCUCGGUUCUAUUCUCAAUGUACCACCAUUAUGACAGAUCUGCAAAGAGAACUGAAUAGUCCGCAUAAAGUAAGUCCAAUGCUUCGCCUCAACAGCGAGGAGUUGGAACCGAUUACCACCAGUAAAUUCGAAGGAUCUUUUACGUCAGUGCCUAUUAAGUCUACCGAAAACACCGAUUCAAAAUUCUAAAGCUUGCUCGCUUUUGUUUCGUUAACUGAAUUGUAAUUUGUAGUUGACCAUUAUUUUUUAUUUGAUUGGUAUCAUUGUGGUACUUCACAGUGACAGCCGAUCCUAAAUUAUCUGGCAAUCGUUAGGCUCUAACUACGUAAAGCCUCGUCUACACAUAACGUCUUAGCUGCCCAGUCAAGACGAAUAAAGUAAAACUUUGUGUGUAGACGAAAAACAGUCUGUUUUAGUCGAAAAAAUAAUAUGGAUAACCGACUUUUAAAAAUCAAAUAUUUUUGAAUAAUUUCACAAAAUAAUGUAAUUAUACAAAAUAGUUUAGAUAUUUAAUCGUUAUUACCAAAUGAUACGAUUAGCUUUAAGGUGCGUAUUCACUAUCCGAACGAACGAACGAACAUUUGUUGGUUCGUUCGGUAGUAGUAUGGACGGGACCGAAUUUUAGAACCGAACGAGUAACAUCUACCCAUUCGUUUUUGAACUCCUUUGAUGUACCGACUCGAAACGGAUGGUCGAGCAAGCGAACGAACGAACGGCCGCAUGCGUUCGGUUCCCCGUCCAAAUAUACCGAAUUCCAUUCGUUCGCUCGUUCGUUCGUUCGGAUAGUGAAUACGCACCUUUAUAUGCUUACAAAUGAAAGUUAAACCACAAAUACAAUUUUUUGUAGUAAAAUUCCAUGUUUAACUUCACCAAAGACUUAUAUUUGAUAAAACAACAGGUAUAGCGUUAUCUGUAUAGACGGGGCUAAAGACAGACUGCUGUCAGUUUUGUAGAAGGUUUUCCGCUUGAUGUGACACGCAAAACUGACAGUUAUACCGAUUUGGUCAUUGACACUAUGCGGUCUGGAUUUUAACGUGUAAAACAGUGAUGUAGACAGCUAAAUGGAAAAUCUAAUGUAUUAAAAUGAGAUAAAAAUUGGGUCGACACAUUUCUUCUAUGCGGUAUUGCCGGAUUUUGCGAAAAAUUGUCAUUUACGAAAAAUGUUGCAUCUAGGGUUGGAACUUUAUUUUUCACUAUUA